UGGAUGGAGCCGGAGGUCGGGCCAUGAACCUGGGAGAUGGCUUAAAGCUUGAAACUGAAUUGUUGGAUGGAAAAACAAAGCUAAUAUUGUCUCCAUAUGAAUGUAAAUCAAAAAUUUGUGUGAAGGCACAGAGUAGGUGAAGAGUUAAAUUUUACCAGGUUUGAGAUUUGCCAUGCAUGCAUGACCGAGCAGAGGCAUUGAGCAUGGAAGACAGUGAUGAUUUUGGUUGAUCAUGAAGUUUCAGAUUGAUGGGAAAUAAGACCAAGAUUGCAAAAUGUCCUUUAAGAAUAAAACAAACUGGAUACAUUCUAAAGUCAACUCAGAAUACUUGUAUCAGGAGUGAAAAACUUUUGGAAAAGAAGAGAAUUGGUUCAGAAACUUCACUGGCAAAAGGUGAAAAAAAUAGUAUGGCUUUUUCACCCAGUAAGGAUUUGUGCAAGCAGUGUGCAGAUAGCGAGUGUCUUUAUAUCCAGAAAGAGAUUUCACCUGCAAUCCCUAAUAUACAGAAGACUAGAAACACCGUAAGUACAUCUGUAGUAGCUAAACAGAAGCCUUGCAGAAAACACAUCACAGCUGAAGAUACGAAGAGCAGUUUGGUGUGUCUAACACAAGAACAACUACAGCAGAUUUUGAUGACUUUAAACCAAGGAAAUAGAUCUAUUUCCCUGACUGAGAAUGGAAAUGAGAAAACAAGUCAGUACAGUCUACAUUUAAGCAGUAUUCCUAAUCAACCGAAGGAGGAGAACAUUAUGGGAGUACUCCAGAAAACUGAGGCAGAAUCAUCUGUUCAGGAUGAAAAUAAGUCUGUUUUAAAUACAAAUCAGGAAAUAUCUCAGCAGUAUGAGCAGGAAAUUGCCAUAGAAAAUGUAUGGAAACCAGCAGACAUAUUCAGUACUCUGGGAGAAAGAGAGCUUGAUAGGAGUUUGUUAGAAGCAAAAAAAGCCCAGUGGAGAAAAGAGCUUGAUGAACAGGUUGCUUUAAAGAAGAAAGAAAAAGAAGCUUCUGAAAAAUGGAAUAAUCCUUGGAAAAAAUCUGAAAGUGAUAAAAUAGUAUGGGAAAAAAUUCUUGACCAGUCUAAGACUUCUGCUAGCUCUGUGAGCAUGCUUUCAGAGUCUCCCAGUCAGGUAACUGUGGUCCAGGUGGAUGGGCCCUCACUGCCUAGAACUAGUCAGACUUCAGAGGAAGCCGUGCCACUGGAGCCCCCUUUCAGUGCUUUGAAACAAGAACAGCAGAGAAAAUGGAUUGAAGAGUUGAAUAAGCAAACAGAUGAUCGGCAAAGAAAAACAAAGGAAAAAAUGGCAUCAUUAAAGGGUGAGGAACAUGACAGAUGGUCAGUGCGUUUUGAUUCCUUAAAGAGCAAUCCUGGUUCUCAAUCUCAACUGUCUUCUCAGUCACCACACAAACAACCAGAGUACUUGUGUGUGUCUCCGGACAUUCAGAAGCUGGCAGAGAACAGUGGUGUCUGUACACCUACAGCUGGAAGUCAGGUUGAGCCUUCAGAGGAGGAGCGUGUAGCAGAACCUAUCAGAAAUGUCGCUAUGGCAAAUGGCCACAGAACAAACUUCCUCCGUUCAAUGACUGCUCUCUUGGACCCAGCUCAGAUUGAGGAACGAGACAGGAGGCGACAGAAACAGCUAGAACAUCAGGACCAUCAAACAAAUGCUUCAUGGGUCUUGCAAUUUGUGACAAUGAUCUCUGUGACUGUGUGUGGUCAGAAAGCCAUCACUGCUCAGGUGGAAGAGAAGCGCAGGAUGAAGCAGCUGGAGGACGAGCAGAGAAGGAGGGGAGAGGAGGAAGAGGAGCGCCGCCUGGCGCGGCAGCGAGACGCGGUGCGGAGACAGGACGAGGAGGACGCGCGGAAGCAGAAACUCAAGGAAGAGAUUGUGACUCUCAAGACAAAUGAGCUGUACCAGACGAUGCAGAGAGCACAGGAGCUGGCACAGAGACUGAGACAGGAACAGAGAAUCCGAGAAUUGGCCAAAAAGGGACAUGACACUUCUAGAUUGAUUAGAAAUCUUGGCAAUGAUUUUCUCUCGCCAGUUGAUAGAACACAAAUGGAGUAUAAUGCAUCUACUCACAACAUUUCAGAUUCAAGACAUGACUCGGAUGAAGUCAGUGAUAAACUGAAUACAUGUGUCAAUAAUAGAGCCUCUCCAAAGAAAGAUACUGCUGUGCAAACAGAUGACUUCAAUACAGGCAUAUUCACUAAUGCCGAAUCAUGCUGUGGAUCAGUGACAGAGAGGGAAAUUAUCAACUGCCCAUCUCCUGGGGUUCCUGCCGAACUUAACCAACAGUUUAGCACCAAGAGAAACAAGCCAGAACUGCUCAGUCAGGGCGAGAAAGCAGCCAGUUGGUGCAGUGACCAGUUCGUAGGAACACAAAAAAGAAAACACGUGAAAUGUCCUAAAAGGCCUGACUGGAAUAUAAACAAACCACUCAAAAGAUAUAUUCCAGCAUCAGAAAAGUACCCUAAACAACUUCAAAAGCAAAGAGAAGAAAAAAAAGUAAGAAGGCAGAUGGAACUGCUUCAUUUGGUAGAAAGAAACAGUCCUGGGCCCCCUUCCCAGAACAGAGGCACGUCACCAGCAGCUCUGGAUUCAUCUCAGCGAGAGACUGAGCCACGGGUCAGGAGACAUCCAGUCAGAACGGAAGAAGAGACUCUGAAAAGUCAUUCAUUCAGCAAAGAAAGGUCUCAAUCACCACCCCUUUCCGCAGCAAAAAACAGAACCCAACAAACUCAGACACUAAAAAGCAGCCAUUACGAAAGAGAAAAUCUGGUAUCGGGCAGUAAUCAAACAGAUUUACCACCUGGGAUUUCUGAGCCAUCCAAUUUUAUUCCGUAUGUGCGAACCAGUGAGAUCUAUUACCUUGAUCCAGACGCACCGCUGUCUAGGCCUUUAACCCAGGAGCCUCGGUGCCACACUCCACAGGACUGUGAGCAAGAACUGUUUCAUUGUGACCACGCGAGGGACCCCCUCCUUAAUCCUAAUUUGGUGAAAAACUGGGAUCGUCAGCAAGCAAUCCUUAAGGGACUGUCGGCACUGAGACAGGGCCUUCUCCAGAAGCAAAGGGAGUUGGAAACAAAUCUCAUGCCUUUAGCUGCAAAUCAAGAGGAGAAUUUUAGUCCUUCAUUUUAAAUGUAGAAAAUGUUCUUGCUGCUUAGCUGUAGUUUUCAAAUAGAUUUCUAAAAUGCUUAUUUAAAACUUGUACGUUAUCUAUAGUAAAAUGCUGUGUGUAUAAUUUUUAUAAUAAAAAAAGACAUUUGUAAAAAAA